GGAGACGAGGGCAGCGGAGGAGGCGAGGAGCGCCGGGUACCGGGCCGGGGGAGCCGCGGGCUCUCGGGGAAGAGACGGAUGAUGAACAAGCUUUACAUCGGGAACCUGAGCCCCGCCGUCACUGCCGACGACCUCCGGCAGCUCUUCGGGGACAGGAAGCUGCCCCUGGCGGGACAGGUCCUGCUCAAGUCCGGCUACGCCUUCGUGGACUACCCCGACCAGAACUGGGCCAUCCGCGCCAUCGAGACCCUCUCGGGUAAAGUGGAAUUGCAUGGGAAAAUCAUGGAAGUUGAUUACUCAGUCUCCAAAAAGCUCAGGAGCAGGAAAAUUCAGAUUCGAAACAUCCCUCCUCACCUGCAGUGGGAGGUGUUGGAUGGACUUUUGGCUCAGUAUGGGACAGUGGAGAAUGUCGAACAAGUCAACACAGACACAGAAACUGCCGUUGUCAACGUCACAUACGCAACAAGAGAAGAAGCAAAAACAGCCAUCGAGAAGCUAAGCGGGCAUCAGUUUGAGAACUACUCCUUCAAGAUUUCCUACAUCCCGGAUGAAGAGGUGAGCUCCCCUUCGCCCCCUCAGCGAGCCCAGCGUGGGGACCACUCUUCCCGGGAGCAAGGCCAUGCCCCUGGGGGCUCUUCUCAGGCCAGACAGAUUGAUUUCCCGCUGCGGAUCCUGGUCCCCACCCAGUUUGUUGGUGCCAUCAUCGGAAAGGAGGGCUUGACCAUAAAGAACAUCACUAAGCAGACCCAGUCCCGGGUAGACAUCCAUAGAAAGGAGAACUCCGGGGCUGCAGAGAAGCCUGUCACCAUCCAUGCCACCCCAGAGGGAACCUCUGAAGCAUGCCGCAUGAUUCUCGAAAUCAUGCAGAAAGAGGCUGAUGAGACCAAACUAGCUGAAGAGAUUCCUCUGAAGAUCUUGGCCCACAAUGGCUUGGUUGGAAGACUGAUUGGAAAAGAAGGCAGAAAUUUGAAGAAAAUUGAACACGAGACAGGGACCAAGAUAACAAUCUCAUCCUUGCAGGAUUUGAGCAUAUACAACCCUGAAAGAACCAUCACUGUGAAGGGCACAGUUGAGGCCUGUGCCAAUGCUGAAAUAGAGAUUAUGAAGAAGCUGCGUGAGGCCUUUGAAAAUGAUAUGCUGGCUGUUAAUCAACAAGCCAAUCUGAUCCCGGGGUUGAACCUCAGCGCACUUGGCAUCUUUUCAACAGGACUGUCCAUGCUGCCUCCGCCAGCAGGGCCCCGAGGAGCUCCCCCCGCUCCCCCCUACCACCCUUUCGCUACCCACUCCGGAUACUUCUCCAGCUUGUACCCCCCUCACCAGUUUGGCCCGUUCCCGCAUCAUCACUCAUAUCCAGAGCAGGAGAUUGUGAAUCUCUUCAUCCCAACCCAGGCUGUGGGUGCCAUCAUCGGGAAGAAAGGGGCGCACAUUAAACAGCUGGCCAGAUUCGCCGGGGCCUCCAUCAAGAUUGCCCCAGCAGAAGGCCCAGAUGUCAGUGAAAGGAUGGUCAUCAUCACCGGCCCACCUGAAGCCCAGUUCAAGGCUCAGGGGCGGAUCUUUGGGAAACUGAAAGAAGAAAACUUCUUUAACCCCAAAGAGGAGGUAAAGCUGGAAGCCCACAUCCGAGUGCCCUCCUCUACAGCCGGCCGUGUGAUCGGCAAGGGUGGCAAAACCGUGAAUGAACUGCAGAACUUAACCAGUGCAGAAGUCAUUGUGCCUCGUGACCAAACGCCAGAUGAAAAUGAGGAAGUGAUUGUCCGAAUUAUCGGGCAUUUCUUUGCCAGCCAGACUGCACAGCGCAAGAUCAGGGAAAUUGUACAACAGGUGAAGCAGCAGGAGCAGAAAUAUCCUCAGGGAGUUGCCUCACAGCGCAGCAAGUGAGGCUCCCACAGGCACCAGCAAACAACGGAUGAAUGUAGCCCUUCCAACACCUGACAGAAUGAGACCAAACACAGCCAGCCAGAUCGGGAGCAAACCAAAGACCAUCCUGAGGAAUGAGAAGUCUGCGGAGGCGCCAGGGGCUCUGCAGAGGCCCUGAGAAUCCGGGGGGCCAGGGAGGAGGCGGGAGGGCAGCCGUGCCGGGGCCCGGCCUCCCAGCUCCCCCAGGGCCUCUGCAGGCUUCCCAGCCAUCCACUUCACCAUCCACUCGGGUCUCUCCUAACCCCACCACGCUAUCCCUUCUAGUUGAACUAACAUAGGUGAACGCGUUCAAAUCAAAGCAAAAUUCACACCCUUUUCUUUUUGCGGAAAAUUGUCUCUGUACAUGUAUGUACAUAUUAGAAGGGAAAGAUGUUAAGAUAUGUGGCCUGUGGGUUACACAGGGUGCCUGCGGCGUUAAUAUAUUUUAGAAAUAAUAUAUCAAAUAACUCAACUAACUCCAAUUUUUAAUCAGUUAUUCUUUUUUCUUUUUAAAGAGAAAGCAGGCUUUUCUAGACUUUAAAGAAUAAAGUCGUGCUUUGGGAGGUCUAACGGUUUAGUAAGGAGCUUCAAGGCCACCCACACAAAAUUCACCCGGAGGGAAAUCUCGUCGAAAGGACACUCACAGCAGUUCUGGAUCACCUGUGUAUGUCAACAGAAGGGAUACCGUCUCUCUGAAGAGGAAACUCUGUCUCUCUUCAUCCCUGUCUAGCUCACACACCCAUUUCUCUUUGCUUCACAGGUUUUAAACUGGUUUUUGCAUACUGCUAUAUAAUUCUCUGUCUCUCUCUGUUUAUCUCUCCCCUACCCCUCUCCCUCCCCAUCCUCUCCAUCCCCAUUCUUGUUAAUUCCCUCAUCCCUCUGUCUCAAUUCCCAUAUCUACGCACCCCCCAGGCAAAGCAGUGCUCUGAGUAUCACAUCACACAAAGGAACAAAAGCGAAACACACAAACCAGCCUCAACUUACACUUGGUUACUCAAAAGAACAAGAGUCAAUGGUACUUGUCCUAGCAUUUUGGAAGAGGAAAAACAGUAACCCAUCAAACCAAACAAAGAAAAAUUCCACAAAGAAAGAAUGUAUUUUGUCUUUUUACAUUUUGGUGUAUAAGCCAUCAAUAUUCAGCAAAAUGAUUUCUUUCUUUUAAAAAAAAAUAUGGAGGAAAACAGCAAUUUACACGAGGUCGUUGGCCCAGGGCGUUAAAUUUACAGAUUUUUUUAACGAGAAAAACACACAAAAAAAAGCUACCUCAGGUGUUUUUUACCUCAGCACCUUGCUCUUGUGUUUCCCUUAGAGAUUUUGUAAAACUGAUAGUUGGAGCAUUUUUUUAUUUUUUUAAUAAAAAUGAGUUGGAAAAAAAUAAGAUAUCAACUGCCAGCCUGGAGAAGGUAACAGUCCAAGUGUGCAACAACUGUUCUGAAUUGUCUUCCGCUAGCCAAGAACCUAUAUGGCCUUCUUUUGGACAAACCUUGAAAAUGUUUAUUUAAAAAAAAAAGUGACAAAGAAAAACAGAGAGAGAGAAUAUUGGAGAUGUCCUGAAUUUCAAUAGGGUACGCGCCAUUAGGGCUUUUUGCGCUAAAGGAUGAACAUGUACUGGUUUAUGUGAACAAGCCAUUUUACCACCAGACUGCAAUGCCAGUUUCCUCUACUGCAAACAGUGUUCUGUGACAAAAACAAAAACAAACAAACAAACAAAAAGAAAUAUAUCCAGCUAACAA